AUGGACGUGGAGCGGCGCUUCGACCGGGCGGUGGAGGACCGGAACCUGCGGCAAGUCCUCGCGGAGAUGCGGGGCGCCGACUCGGCGGAGGUGCAGAAGGCGGGCUGCGACGCCGGCGGGUGGGAUCGGGUGGGCGGAACCGGCGGAACGGUGCCGUUCCGCGUGGUGCAGCACAACCCCGGGGCGGCCAAGGAGGCGAUGAACCUCCACGCGGUGAAGGACGCCCUCUGCGAGGCCAUCCUCCGGUUCCCAGGCGACGGGGAGGUGUGCACAGAAGCCUCCACAGCCAUUUGGCGCUUGGUGCGGGAGGGCGGCUUCACAGUCGCCAAGGCCACCAUUGACGAGGGCGCCUUCGAUGCUCUGCGCCUCGUGAUGGAGGGCUUCCCCGAGGGCUCCGCGCCCAACGAGGCGGCGCUGCUGGCGCUGGGGGCCCUGGCGGACCACGGCCUCGUGAGCUUCGAGCAGCCGCAGCUGCAGGAGCUGCAGCAGGUGAAGCACAAGGGCAAAGCCUUUGCCAAGAUCCUCAUCGUUCCGGUCACCUACAACGCCACCAUGAGCGCCGCAAGUGCCGACCACUGGGAGUUGAGCAUUGAGCUCUUUCGUGAGAUGCAGAGGCAUCUGCGGCCGAGCGUGGUGAGCUUCGGGUGUGCAAUGCGGGCGCUGCGCCCCCAGUGGCCCAGCUGCUUGCUGCUACUGGAGGAGCUGCUGCAAAAGGAGAAGCCGAAUCUCAUCAGCUUCAAUACCGCCUUGAGCGCUGUGGCGCGGGCAGGCGCGUGGCAAAUCGCCCUGCGCCUGCUGCAGCGCAUCGAAAUGGCGCUCAUGGACCCCAAUGUCAUCAGCUUCACCAGCACCAUGGAGUCCUGCACAGCGGGCGGUGCCUGGGAGAAGUCUCUGCAGGUCUUCCAAGCCAUGCUCAAAGAGCGACACCGGCCCGAUCUCGUCAGCAUGAACGUGGCUAUGGCAGCCGCUCAAGCAGGGGGACACUGGGCGCUGAUCCUGCAGCUGCUGGCAGACAUGCCAGCGCGGAAGUUGGCUCCGAACGAGGUGAGCUUUUCAACGGCCAUCGCCAGCUGCCUGGGCCAGUGGCGUGCGGCCUGCCUCCUGCUGGCCUCCGCUAGCCGCCGAGGGCAGGUGCCUGACAUCGGCAUGCCCAACAUGGUCUUGGCAGCGCUGGCGGAUGGUGAGGAGUGGCAGCGAGCGCUGGAUCUUUUCACCUCACUUCCGGCGCGCUCCAUCACCCCGGACGUCUUCAGCCUCAGCAGUUUGACGCGCUGCCACCGGUGGCAGGCGCCUGGCGGCCUGGCGGCUUGGAUGCGGCGCAGCACCGCGCCCUGCUGCGAGCCCUAG